UGUUCAUUUCUUUUAUCUCUGGUUAUGCGUUAACCUAUCAAUUCCUGGAAUAGUUUGUAUUAUUUCUUUAAAUUUAUAAAGAAUUAAAAGUUCAAAAGAAAUGCAAAAGCGUAAAAAUCAAUUUGUUCCAAUCAAACGUAACUUCGCUCCAAAUGUAAAACGGUUUAAAGUUGAAAAUGAAUUAAUAGCUAAAGUUCAGUCACAGUCUGGAAUACGAGGCAAGUUGGUAUUGGUUUAUCGUGAAAAUGAUCAUCCCUAUCCAGUACUUCUGGCUGCUACAGAAGCUCAAGGUUUUUCCCUAACCAUUACUGUUCCCGACAAACAGGCUCCAAAUAUAUAUGAGUUACAAAUAAACAAUGAAAUGGUCGUGAGAGGCCAAUUCGAGACACAUUCAAUGGCCAAAGAUGAACUUUCUCGUUUGGCGUUAAAAAAUCUUCAGCAUACAUGCUUUAGUAUAAUAAGGAAACAAUAUGCCAAUCAAUUGGAGACAGUUAAGAUAAGUCCUGAUGUUUUUGAAACUCCUACAAGUUCAAAAACAGAAGAGUUUGAUAGUAAUAGUGAAACAGUUAAGAGCAGUAUUGGGGCACGUAUGAUGAAACUUAUGGGUUGGUCAGGGGGAGGACUAGGACGUCAAGAAGAGGGAGACAAAAACAUAAUUAAAGCAGUAGGCCAAAAUCAUCGCCUUGGACUUGGACAGGCUACUCCUGUAGAAAUAGAAGCAUUACUUAAGGAAUAUGCUGAAAGUGAUGAUAUUGACUCAUUGGCUUUUCCUGCCCAGUUUACUAAGGAACAAAGAGCCCUUAUUCAUACAUUAUCAAAUAAAUAUAAUCUUAAGUCUCAAAGUUAUGGAAAAAAAGACAGAUUAUUAACUGUUCGAAAAAAACUCAAACCUUGGCAAUUAGUUCAUCACCUAUUAGAGAAAAGCAGAGAAACUGUAGAAUAUAAAUUAAUUUUACCUUUAGAUGAAGAGGAUGAUAAGGGGAAAUAAUUAGCAUGUAAUUUAUCAAUGUGUGUGUUACUAAAUUAGUAUGAUGAAGAUCAGAUUGUUGCUACUGAGGUGUUUAUACUCCAGUCUGGAGGAUUCUUGUUCUCAAUUAGGAAUAUUAGUGAAUCCUGAAGUUACAAGUGUGAAUAGUUGUGGUGAUAUUGACUUGUUGGUUUUUCCUGUCCAAUUUAUUUAAGAACAGAGGGCCAUUAUUUAUAGGUAUGCGUUCACAAAGAUACUAAUAUUUUAUUUUAGUAUUGGCAGCAACAAAGCUAAUUUUAACUUGUAAAAUACAGUCUAACAUAACUUAAAUGCCAAAAUUACAGAGAAAAAGACAGAUUAAUAACUGUUCACAAAAAACUCAAACCUUGGCAGUUAGUUUAUCACCUUCUAGAAAGGCAGAGAAACUAUAGAAUAUAAAUUAGUUUUACCUUUAGAUGAAGAGGAUGAUGAUGGGAAAUAAUUACUAUAUAAUGAGAGUCUGAUAAAUGUAAGGUAUUUUUAAAAGAAAAUGCUGAAUUAUAAUAAAAGUUAAAAUAUU